AGUCGUUGAUAAACCACGGAACAACGCAGGAGUGUGUUACUAACCGCUGUGCCUCUCUUUUUUUUACUUCGUACGUGUGUGCGCGCUUCACGUACGUUAUUUGUUUACAUUCACUACUCAACACAGUUCAGAAGAUCCUUAAUGUGUUUUUUGUUUUCAAUAAAGCAGUGCAUUUUGGUGGGGUUUCUAAAGUGAAUGUUUGAUCAAAAUUGUUUACGCUCACAAUAAAAACUUACAUAAAAAAUAAUAAUACGGAUCGGUUUUUAAUGACAUACGGCGAAACGGUCGGAUAAUAAGGAAGAAUUUGUUUGGGAAAUAAUUUGUGCAGUUUUUUAUUCUUUGUUUUCAAAUUUGGAAAAUUUUGUUAUGAAAACGAACAUCGAUUAUCGUGCAAAAAAAAAACUCCGAAUAUUGGUGGGAAAAACGGCCGAUGAAAUGCCUCUGAAGAGACUCAGCGAACAAUGAAAUAUGAAGCGGUGAUCUAUGUUAUUUGGUGACGAUAGUCAAAGAUUUGUGUCUGAUCUCCUUUUUUUUCGCGUACACCGGACGACGAAAAUUAUGGCAAUCAUCGGGAUAAUCAUCUACGUAGCAGCGAUUUUAUGUCGGAUCUCAUAUGGAUACCCAAAUUAUAAUAAGGUUCUUGAUGCACCCAAAUCACAACAUUCUGGCGACGGCGAUUUGCUUGGAUUUCAUCGAAAUUUGACACCGACACAAUUGCCAUGGUUAAAUGAAGUCACAACUAAACUAUUCGAUAGCAGUCGAAUGACAAUUGAUGCGGGUACAGUUACACCAAAACCGACAACCAUUCAAUUGGACGAUGUCUUUUUGGCAGUGAAAACAACACAAAUGAAUCAUGCGAAACGUUUGAAUAUUAUAGCAAAAACAUGGUUUCAAAUGGCCCGUGAACAGACAUGGUUUUUCACGGAUACCAACGACGAUUUCUACAAUAAGCGAUUGAACAAACAUUUGAUCAACACAAAAUGCCCAAAAGGCCAUUCAAGGCGUGCAUUAUGCUGCAAAAUGGCCGCAGAGCUUAUUACAUUCCUCGAACAUCGAAAAAAAUGGUUUUGUCAUUUUGACGACGACAAUUACGUGAAUGUGGCACAGCUUCAGCUGUUGCUCAGCGAAUACGAUUCAUCGUCACUGUGGUAUCUGGGCAAACCGAGUGUGGCAUCACCAUUGGAAAUUAAACUAAGCGAGACUGCUGGUCAUCAGGCUCAGUUUUGGUUUGCUACUGGCGGUGCUGGAUUUUGUAUCAGUCGGCCGCUUGCACUGAAAAUGGCUCCAGUCAUUCGAAACGAAAAACUAAUGACAAUUAGUGAUCGCAUUGGAUUUCCGGACGACGUAUCCAUUGGCUUCAUAAUUGAGUAUUUGCUGAAAGUGCCGUUGACAGUAAUCGACGAGUUUCAUUCACAUUUGGAGCAACUCGACCAAAUUCCAUUGCAGACGUUCCGCAAGCAAAUUUCCUACAGCUAUGCAUCCGAGAAUAAUUCAUGGAAUGUCGUCAAAAUCGACGGAUUCAGCGAAAGAAUUGAUCCAACACGAAUUUGGUCGUUGCAUUGUCACUUGUUUCCGCAUUUAAAUGCCUGUUCCACGCUGAGGUAACACCCAUUUGCGGCGACAGCAGUUCAAAACAGUUAACCAAAUGAAAAGAAUUUUGAUAAUUGCGAGUAGUUCAGAAAUCGCACAUGUUAACCAAAAAGUGAAAUUGGCUUAAGUUCUUCGUCGGCUGUGAUAAGCACUAUCGAUAAAUUGGCUUAAGAUUGAAUUCUAUCUAUAAAUUAGCUUAGAAGCAUAGAAUUUAUUACGAAUAAGUGAGAAUCAAGCAUUUCAAAGAAGAUACCUUAGUUAUUGCAUAAUUAAUUGGUUCUGAUUUCUUUAUUUAAGUACUCGUUUAUGGUUUUUAUACAUAUUAAAUUAAAAGUUUGUAGUUUUUAUCAUAUGUAUUCCCCAAAUAUGGUUUCGAUAACAUAUAUUUAUUGACAGAAAUACAAACGAUUACAAUGAGUAAAUAUUAUACCUAAAAA